AUGGCGAAGAAGGUAGCUUACGUAGUCCGGGCUGGAAGAGUCCCAGGAAUAUAUUUUACUUAUUCCGAAUGUAAUAAGCAAGUACACGGCUUCAGCGGCCAGGAUUACCAAGGAUAUUACACUCGAGAAGCAGCACAGACGGCCUGGGACAAUUGGCAAGCAUUGAACUCUGCACGCCAAGGCCAAUUGAGUGAACGCACAACUAGUGUACUAGGAGUGCCGGACCCUGAGGGGCAGGAUGAGACAAUAUAUAGUCAAAGAGACGAGGACUCCAGCAAUGAUAAAUGCAAGAGACAUGCUACCUUGGAUGACGCUGAAGAUAUACAGCAUGCAUCGAAAAAGAUCAAGGCGACGGCAGACGAAUUCGAACCGGUUCAGGUAGAAAGCCAGGACGAACCACCUGUAACACUUACAGCCGAACAGCAAGCCGUCGUAGAUAUGGCGCUGGACAAUCAAGAUGUCUUUCUCACGGGUGCAGCCGGAUCUGGCAAAACUGUCACACUCAAAGAAAUUAUCAAAAAAUUAAGAAUCUCGGGGAAAACAGUCCAAGUAAUUGCACCUACUGGGAUUGCUGCCUUGCCCCUCGGUGGGCUGACGGCGUAUUCCUUCGCUGGAUGGCAGCCUGACUCUUUACAAAAGCCCAUCCACUGCCUACUCGGUGAUACCAGCAAGUUUGCAAGGAGAAGGAUACGAAAAACAGAUGUGCUAGUAAUUGAGGAAAUCUCAAUGGUAGAAAAUCAAUUCUUAGAAAGGCUGAAUCUAUUGAUGCAAUACAUCUUUCAGACCACCAAACCUAUGGGUGGCAAACAAGUCAUUUUUGUUGGAGAUUUUCAUCAGGCAAGCCUCUCAAAUUCGGGUCUACAUCUUGCGCCUCUUGAGCUGUGCUCUAGGAAUGCUGUCUCUCUGCCACCCGUCAAGCCUUUUGAGUUUUGUCUUGCAUGUGGUGAAGAAUAUCCGAAGAACAGAAGUAAUAUCGUUUGCCAAAAUGACGACUGCAAAGACGUCGGCAAAGAAAACUUCCAUGAAGAAGACAAAUACGCUUUCAAGGCGCCAGUCUGGGCGGAGCUGAAGCUGCGUCACGUUAUGCUUGAGCAAAUACAUCGACAAAAAGACAGCAGUUUUCAAUUAACACUAAAUAAGAUCCGAGACGGUAACAUUCUGAGCGAUGCGGAAUGGCUGGCACUCACCAGCAAAAAAGUUCUUCCUGAUGGAGUCGUUGCUAUCAAACUCAUGUCUCGAAUCCUACAAGUUCAAGCGCACAAUUCGAAAGAAUUAGCGUUGAUACAAUCGAAAGAGAUAACGUGGCAGGCACACGAUUCAGCGACGAAACUGUACCCCUCACUAGAAGACGAUUAUGAACCUCGUCGUUCUGAGAUAGAGAACAGGCGGAGACAGUUUGAAUUCUCUCUGUCCACUGGGGAGCACCGAUUUCCAACUGACCUGGUUCUCAAAAUUGGUGCCAAAGUCGUUCUUCUGACCAAUCUUAGUCUUAAGUCUGGCUUGGUAAACGGGUCACAAGGUGAAGUUAUUGGGUUUACGGACACAAGUUCCUGGCAAGAACCCAUACUCACAAAGAGUGAAAAGGAGCAUCUCGAGCAAUUCAAGGGACAAAAUCACACCUUGAGACCAGUUGUUCGAUUCUCCAAUGGGAGGACUCAAACAAUCCGUCCCCAGACACAGGGUAGUCAAAAACGCAAGAAUCAAGAUUCGUACUUUGUUGCCAGAACGCAGAUUCCUCUGACCCUUGCCUGGGCCCUGUCGAUCCACAAAAGUCAAGGAAUGACGUUGGAGUAUGUCGAGGUUUGUUCCGACAAACGAUUUGAGGCAGGACAAUUGUAUGUUGGGCUUUCUAGAGCGACAAAACUUGAAGGCCUUACUGUCACGGGCGCCUCGAGAGAACAGAUUACGAUGCCUUCAGAAGUCGUAGAAUUCUACGAAAGCGAUCACUGGGAGCACUUGAGACCUUCUAAAUCAUCGGCAGCCAAUUCGCCUACGCACACGGAAUCUGUUGUUGGAGAGGAGUUUCUACAGCAGUGA